CAAAGAAGAGGAGCAUUUGCCACACUUUCAACCACUUACAAGACCUUUAGUACACCAGCACCAUGGCACUGCUGGAUCCAGAUUAUGGCGUGAAAGGCAGCAGCAGCAGCAUCAUCAGGGAAUGGAGUGGGCAGGUACAGCCGGCUCUCAUCGCUUCCUUUGUGUUCCUCUUCUGCCUGGAGGCUUGCCUGUGGGUACGCAACCUGAGACUCAAGAGGAGGCUGCCAGGACCGUUCGCCUGGCCAGUGGUGGGCAAUGCCAUGCAGCUGGGCCAGAUGCCCCACAUCACCUUCUCCAAGCUGGCAAAGAAGUACGGCAACGUCUACCAGAUCCGGCUUGGGUCUAGCGACAUAGUGGUUCUGAAUGGCCACACUGCCAUCAGGAAGGCUCUGCUCCAGCAUGGCGCCGAGUUUGCGGGCCGACCAAACUUUCUAUCUUUUCAAUUUGUGUCGGGCGGCAACAGUAUGACUUUCAGCAACUACAGCAAACAGUGGAAGACGCACCGCAAGAUCGCCCAGUCCACCAUCCGGGCAUUCUCUUCGGCAAACAGUGAAACAAAAAAAGCCUUCGAGCAGCACAUUGUGGCUGAGGCUUUGGACCUGGUGAAGUCCUUCUCAGAGCUCAGUGACGACGGGCGGUGCUUCAACCCUGGCCACCCACUCACAGUGGCCGCUGCCAAUGUCAUCUGCGCCCUCUGCUUUGGGAAGCGCUACGGGCAUGACGACCAAGAGUUCAGGACCCUGCUCAGCCAGGUGGACAAGUUCGGGGAGACGGUGGGCGCCGGGAGCCUGGUGGACGUCAUGCCCUGGCUGCAGUCCUUCCCCAACCCAGUGCGCAGUAUCUUCCAAAGCUUCAAGGACCUCAACAAGGAGUUCUUCUCCUUCAUCAGGGACAAGGUGGUGCACCAUCGGGAGACCUACAGCCCCGGGGUGACCAGAGACAUGAGCGACGCCAUCAUGGAGGUGAUUGACAUGCAAGAAGACCAUAUCGGUCUCACUCAGGCUCACACUGAGAGCACAGUUUCGGAUUUCAUCGGUGCAGGGCUGGACACUGUCUCGACCUGCCUCCAUUGGAGUCUCCUUCUUCUCGCCAAAUACCCGGACAUCCAGGCGAAGCUCCAGGACAGCAUCGACAGGGUGGUCGGCCGCGACCGGCUGCCCUCCAUCGAGGACAAGAGCAGCCUGGCGUGCCUGGACGCCUUCAUGUACGAGACCAUGCGCUACACCAGCUUCGUGCCCCUCACCAUCCCCCACUCCACCACCGCCGACGUCACCUUCGAGGGCCUCCACAUCCCCAAGGACACUGUUGUGUUCAUCAACCAGUGGUCCGUCAAUCACGACCCCCAGAAGUGGAAGGACCCCCACAUUUUUGACCCCUCACGGUUCUUGAAUGAGGACGGAAGCCUUGACAAAGACCUCACCAGCAGCGUUAUGAUCUUCUCAGCGGGCAAGAGACGGUGCAUUGGAGAUCAGAUCGCCAAGGUGGAGGUCUUCUUGUUUACAGCGAUUCUCCUGCACCAGUUCACUUUUGAGAACAACCCAAUGCAGGAGCUGAGUUUAAACUGCUCAUAUGGGUUAACUCUAAAGCCACUCGACUACAGGAUCUGUGCCAAGCUCAGAGGGGAACAAAUUAAGAUGGCAUAAAAUCCACUUUCAGACUACAGUAACUGGCAAACAGCAAAUUCACAGUAUGGUAUGUACAGCAACUAUCUCUGAAUGUUAGCCUCUUGUACAGCUAAACAUAAUAUUUACUGGGUUAUUAAUAUAAUAAAAGUCAUUUAUCACUAGUGAUUUGUGAUGAAGUAUUGAAUUGUGUUUACCAUAUAUUGUGUAUUGUGUUUGCAGCACAAGUGAGCUGCUUUGAGAUAUUAGUUCAAUGCCUUUUGAACCCAUAAUCAAUGUAUUACGAAAAUAAACACAUAUGAUUA